CGCAAAUACCCGAUAGGCUUAUCUGUGGGAAAGUAUUGAAAAUGUUAAAAAUGGAAAGAGGUGUCGGUCGCUCCUUCCGCGUCAGUUCUUCCCAUCUAUCAACACAACAGCCAUCUCCCACUCACUCACUGUCACCCACUCACGAUCACCAAUUACUCAAUUAUCCAGCUACUCAGCUUCACCACGCUCUUUAAUCAUAUUUUCAUCAUUAGUUCUGAUAAUCCAAUCGACAUAUUUCCUCUGCCGUCUUACCAUGUUGAGUACUCUGCAAGCAGAGCCCACGAAGAAGGUGCACUCCGGGUCAGAUUCUACACGGGUUUGGCGCCUCACCUCUACAACGAAUGGAACGACGAAGUCCAGCCUGUAUUAUGACCCGACGAAUCUCGAAGAUCUUGUGGAGGUCAUUCGCCAGGUCCUCACUAACAACGGAUCUCUCGACGAAGUGAUCGAAGGACAGACCAACGAAUCCCACAAUAACCCAGAAACUGACAACAAAAUUGACCCUGAACCUGCUCCUGAAGACAACCCAAUAAUACCCUCUGCUGUCGACUCUGCGUCCGAUCCUCCUGGUGCUGAUCUUGGAGACCCUGAUGACGACACCUUGGCCUACGUUCGGGUGCCGCACAGUCUUCUAGGGCUCUCUAGACAGCGUCUAUCCCUAGACACAAAACCAUUCCAAGUUUACGAUGCAAAAGCCGGUCGUAUCAAGUCUUCUGUUUUCCAUGUGGAGAAGCACAACCCACCGAAUUCUGGUAUCACGAGCGAUGUUCCUGACAGGACAGACCAGUCAUCGGCAAUUUCACCACGCACUCUAGAAGUAUCCCCUCUUCGAAGGACUGCGUUGCUUCCCGAUGGUGGCAGUAUCCGGCCCACCAAAGACCCCGUCGUUUCCAGUGCGUCCGAUUACAGCCGCAAAUCGCAGUCACAAGGGUCGUCGCCUCCCACUUCUGUGGCCUCCAUGGUCUCUGGUCAGGCAAAACCAGAACCAGGUACAACUCCUGGGUGUAGGGGUUCGAAAAAGAGGAAACAGCGACCAACAAAUAAAGCAAAAGACGGCUCGUCCACAUCGGCAAAGAAAGUGAAACUUGCGACGACUUUACUGGACCACGAUCCAGUGCCCGAUAUACUCAGCGACAGUAUAUGGAUUCGUCUUGGGUUUAGGAGACGACCCCAGUGUGACUUUAUGGAGCCUUCGCCUGUGGCAGAAGCAAAUCCGUUCGUCAACCACGAAGCAGUUCGUCAUUUAAGAGACUUGUUGGAUGGGAAGAGACCACCGUCAGACCUUUAUGUUCCAAAGACCUCAGAAGAGAAACCACCAAAAACUAUACGGAAGCCCGCGGUAGACAGUGUGCCAAAUGGUUUGUCCAAUGGCUUGCCAGAAGGCUACCAUGAGGGCUUGCCAGUAUCAAUUCCUGACCAGUCCAACCCGCCGCCGUGGGAGAAUGCCUUUUUGCCAGACAAGACAAACCCGCCAAAACCCCCAGCGCCGACAAAGGUAUCCUCGUCGUCGAACCAGGACGUGUAUGUUGACGCUCCGAGUGUAAAGCCACCGUCGUCAUCGCCAGCGUGGGCGAUAGAGCCGGAUGAUUCAGGGAGCAAGAAGGCGUAUUUACCACCGGGGGCCUUUGCUCAUCCUUUGUCUCCCACUCCGGAUUCCGAGGCUAAAAAACAUACUGUCCCUUUGUGUUCGAACUUCCUCGACCUUCCGAAAAACAAUCUAAGCGUCAGGGGAAUUGUGAGCUUAGGGAAGUGUUCGUUAUGCGAACGUCCCCUAGAUGAACUGCGGUAUUCGCGCUGGGAGCAGGAUGACGGGCCAGAGCACCAAGAAGACGGCCAGAUGAAUCGAAAUCAAACGCAGACUACGCUGGCCGAGGCGGGAGGUCGAGGCCCGAUAUUCUGGUCACGACACCACAGAUAUGGCUAUGAUGACCCGGUGAUCUCCAGCUGUGCAGGGUGUUCAGGCACUUGGCACAGACAAUGUACUGAGCGCUAUAUGAAACUUCAGGGACCAGCUGGCAAGAAACUUGAAUGCCCAGCAUGUGGCGAUCAGUGGCUUUGAUUUUGCUGGUGUAUGAUUCUUUAGUUAGAUGUUAGCUUAUCGCUGUUACAAGUAGGUACAAUUCAUAAUAGGCAUUAUUAAUUGGCCA